CCGGUGCAAGAUAUAAGACUGGACAGGAGCAAGUAAGAAUGAAUUUUUUUCAACCGCUUUUUUAAAAACAUCUCAACUUCAAUAUGAGCUAUCAAGGGUUUGCUAUUCACGAUACUACCAAGUACAAUGAGGCUAAGAAAAUCACUUUCAAGGCCAGAACCGUUGGGGAUUACGACGUGGUGAUCAAGGUGGAUCACUGUGGAAUUUGUGGAACUGAUGUCCACACCGCCACCGGUGGAUGGGGAGGUCCAAUCUUACCUGUUAUUCCUGGGCAUGAGAUCAUUGGAUCUGUAACCAAAAUCGGAGACAAAGUUACGUUGUUCAAGGUGGGUGAUAGAGUUGGUGUGGGUGCUCAAGUUGAUGCUUGUUGGAGUUGUAAAGCAUGUGAUAUGGGAGAGGAAACUUAUUGUAAAGAUGUCAUUGAUACCUACAACUCUACAAAGAACGGAGAGGUUAUCUACGGUGGUUACUCCAACUAUGUAUCAGCCAAUGAACAGUUUGCGUUUGGUGUUCCAAAACAAUUGGACAAAGCUGAAGCUGCUCCCUUAUUUUGCGCGGGUAUAACUGUGUUUGCUCCAUUGAAAAGAGCCAUCACCAAGCCUGGUAUGAAGGUGGGUAUUGUUGGUAUCGGAGGUCUUGGCCACAUGGCUAUCCAGUUUGCAGCUGCCUUGGGAGCCGAGGUAUAUGCUAUGUCUAGAGGUGAUUCGAAGAAGGAAGACUCUCUUAAGAUGGGUGCUAAACACUAUAUUGACACCACCAAAGAAAACUGGGCUGCUCCUUACAAAAUGGAAUUUGACUUUAUUUUGUCAUGUGCCAACUCCAACAAGGGUUUCACUGGUGAUUAUUUCAGCUGUUUGACCGUCUAUGGUAACUACGUAUCGGCUGGAUUGCCAGAAACACCAUUUGAGUUGAAGGCUCAACACUUCAUUGGAAACGGGGCUUCUUUUGGUAGUUCUCACUUGGGUAACAGAAAGGAAAUGCUUGAAAUGUUAGAACUUGCAGCCAAGAACAACAUCCUCCCAUGGACUGAAGUAUUACCUAUUUCGGAAGAAAACGUCAAGUUGGGCUUAACCAAGACCUACAAAGGUGACGUGAGAUAUAGAGUCGCUUUGACCGACUACGCUGCUGCUUUUGACUAGGAUGUUUAUAGACCUAUAAAUUUUAUCUUCACUACACCAUAAGCUUGUCUCAAUCCUCUAGACUUCACUAAAGACAUCAACUGGGUCCCAAUCAGGGUUGAUGUAACGAAUGGACUUCUUCUUGUGGAUAUUGUUGAUGGUCUCAACGUCCUCAGGUGCAAGGUCGAUCACCAACAAAUUCUGUUCAAUUCUCAGAGGGUUGAUGGACUUUGGUAAACCACAGAUUCCACGAGCAACCAACCAACUGAACACAAUCACUGAUGGAGCCACUUGAUACUUUGCUGCCAACUUGAUGAUAGUCUCGUCUUUCAAGACGGGAGCACCGUCCGAUCCUAAAGGAGAAUAAGCUUCCAAGACAAUCUGGUGUUGCUUGCAAAAAUCAGCCAAUUCCAAGAGAGGUAAUUGUGGGUGGAGUUCCACUUGGUUAGCAACCGGCUUGAUUUCAAGGUUGGCGGCUAAAAGAGUUUUCAAGUUUUUGAUUGAGAAGUUGGAUACACCAAUCGAUUUAGCGAGACCCAAUUUUACACAUUCUUGCAUCAACUCAAAUGUCUUUACAAAACUCCAAUCGAACACAAUGUCUCUCUUACCAUUGGGCAACAUGGGGAAUUUUUCGCCUGAUUGAGGGUUCAAAGGAACGGGCCAAUGCAUCAAAUACAAAUCCACAUACUUCAAACCCAACUUUUCAAGAGACUCUUUCAAUGCCUUGACGGGCUCAUUGUGCCUAGUGCACCACAAUUUGGUGGUCACAUAAACUUCAGACCGGGGAAUUCCCGAAUCUUUGAUGGCUUUUCCGACAGGAGCCUCGUUGGCGUACGCAGCAGCAGUGUCAAUGUGUCUGUAUCCGGACUUUAGGGCAUGGAUUACCGACUCAUAGCUUUCCUCAUCUCUGGCUUUCCAGGUUCCCAAUCCAAUAGCUGGAAUGGAAGUUCCGUUGUUGAGUUUGAAUGUUGUAGUACACCUGUCAGGAGACGUCAUAGUUGAUAAUU